AGAAGAAGAACUGUCACUUUUGUUUGUCCGGUCACUGAAGUUUUGUUUUCUGUUUUUUAUUUAUUUAAAUUAGGCCGUAUCUGCGGCAAACUAUAAGAAAAUUAUUUUCUACAAUAAGUAUUUUAGGUAUAGGACAUAUUACUAAGACUCUAGUCAAUAUUUUGGUUUGGAUUCACUAUAAUAUGCACUAAUUUUCAAAAUGGUUAUGGAAUCUAAAACUACAAGUAAAACAAGCUCCUUAAAAGCUCUGCUUUUACGAGCCUGGAGGGAGAGAUGGACAGACCUCCAAUGGGGAAUUAAUAUAAAAACUGUUUUACCCAGAGGAGUGAGUGGAGAUGUAUAUAAUUUAGCUGACUGUAUUUUACAACAGGCUGUAGUGGGAACUGGUGCAAACCAAUUAGUUUUAAGUUAUUUAAGACACUCUUUAAGUGCACAGUUAGUAUCUCAUGCUGCUGUACUUCAAAGAAUUAGUAAAUAUAAUCAACUGAAUAAAGUUCAUUGUGUUUCUAGUUUGUUGGAGUUUCUUGAAGGGAUGCUACCUGGUGUAACAUGUAGUGGGAAACCAGAAGAAACAGUAUUAGCUACUGCUGUGCUUUCUGCUGCAUUAUGGUUACUUAAUAUUUUACAGCAAUGCAGAGAUACCUCAUCCCUAACACAAAAGGCAGGGGAUCUUUUAAAAAUCCUUUUAACAGAUGAUUUUUACAUUUCAAUGAUUUGCCUUGCAAAAUAUAAUGAUACAGGUAUAGAGCUUUUCCAAGAGACAAGUGGCAAAUGUACAGAACUAUUAACUAUUUUACAAGACAGUGAUGAAAUUAAGAAGUAUGUAGCUAAAUUGGAACAUAUUGAUAUAAAUGUGCUAUGUUUACCAGUUAAAAGUGAAACAUGGCCAGGAUCUUUAGUUCAGUGUUGGCUCGAAGUCAAACUGAUUGGAGAUCCGGGGGCUUCUACUAAUAGUUUAGCAGAACAAUUGCAGAUUUUCCAAAGACUUAAAGGAUUUAGUGAUGCCAGAUUGUUUGCUGAACUUAUCAGAGGGAGCUUAUUGGCUUUAUACAGUGUGAAUCAAACAUCACAUGAAAGCCACUGGGGUGCAUUUACUUUUCUUAAAGUUCCACACAUACUGUUAGAACUUCGAGGAAAAACAGAUAAUAUUAGUAUUGCAAAUUCAAUUGAGCUGAUGUUGCAGCAUAGUCCUCUUUUGGAUGCCAUGGAUGCAAACAGUUCCUGUUCCAGUUUGAAAUGUUUAAUAGAUGAGCUAACUAAAAUUAGACUAUUGAGUGAAUCUCAAUCACAGAUUUUAUUGGAAAAAAGAAAAACGCCACCGACUUUCUUAGAAUUAGAUAAUAGUCCUAACACGGGAAUACCGGAAGUUAUUAUUUCAGCAGAAUCAACAUUUUCGAAUAUUUUGAAAACUCUUUCUGCAGAUUAUCACAAAACCCAGGAUGUUAUUUUAGGUAUGAUUCAACAACUGUUAACUGGUAAAAAUUUCGAAUUGAUCCUGGCAGUGGCGUGUAGCUCUAACCAACUGCGCACACUCGUCAAUAGGUUGAUUCGUUUCAAUGAAUGCUAUAAAUUAGGACAAGACAACGCGAGAAUUCAGUUGUUUGAUAUCAGUUUUGUAAUGCUAAUUUCCAUUGUACAGAAUUAUGGAGCAUCUGCUGUGUUGGGUCCAGGUGGCGAAUCACUUUUUGAACAGUGGGUGAAUGACUGUAUGGUGGAUCGUCACAAACCGAAAGCACCCUUGCAACUUCUAAACAUGAGCGAUCCCAGUAUUGUUGAAGCUUUGAUUCAACAGUUUAAUACAGAGGAAGUUGACUUUAAGCCCACGAUGAAACUGAGAGAUAUUCUGUUCAAUAUGCCCGGUGUUAUGAAGGAAGUUUUAGUUGCUUGGGAACAAGGUGCUUUGUCCACUUCUGAUGUAAAGAGAAUCCUGGAUUCGGUACGAGGCAAAAUGUGUUGCCUGCCUAUUGCCGCAGCGACAUAUCUCUGUUCAUACAUGCGAACAGCCCCCCAAGACACCCUGCUGAAGCCAAUGAACAUGGUACAGCAACUUCUAACAAUGCCCACGACCGAGGACGACAGCAUAAGAGUUCGCUGGCAACUAACGUGCGACAUAAUAAGGAAAAUGCAAAGGGACAUACAACUGCCCGCUUCGAAAAGUAGCCAUCACUUGGUGUCCAGGGCUCCGGCCACGGAAUUGUUGCACAGCACAUGGAAUUGUGGGAUUACAAAGGGUUGGUUGGACUACAAUUCUGCCAAGAAUCUGCAUUGCUUGUUGGAUACGGCAGGUGCUCGGUGGUUGGUCAAUGCCGUAAUUCAGGAAUUAUUAAAACUGAGAUUUAGAGAUCAGCUGCAGCGGGGUGUGGAUCUAGCGUUAGCUCUAUUUCACGUCGAUAUUGUAUCAUGUACAGUUGAACUACUUUCCCACAUUCUGCCCCAAAUACUGAACGUCGAUUCGCAUUCCUACACGCUUAUUGAGCCACAACUCUCCUCCUUAGCAUACUUAACAUGUUAUUGUUUAUACACGGCGUGGGAUUCAGUUGCAGAGACGGUAGAAGAACCUCCGGCUAAAAUCCCAAGGUUGGAUAACUCCGAGGAUUGCAGUCCCGAUAGUUCAGCAACGAAAAUAAUAUACGCCUUCCUACAAUUGCUGUCGAUGUUUGAAAGGAUGCAAGAAGGAGGGAUCAAGCCUCAAACCUAUUUUAUAUUCAAUUUCGUCAAAGCGUUGGUCGAGGUCAAAAUUCCGUCAGCCAAUCCUCUCUUAGCUUACAUUCCUCCCAAUCUGAUAUCGGAUUUACUGAAAACUUUGCCGGAUUUGUUCAGUUAUUCGGUAUUGUUGCAUCUGCACGACGUUUGUACCACUUCGGGCAGGAUUAAUAUGGCUAAAGAUUUAUGUGUACUUCGGAAUUACCACUUAAGGAAAAUGUCGAUUAGUAUGAAUUAAGAAAUUAGUUUAUAGGAUAUGUAAAUGUACAUUUUUAAAGGAUAUAAAAUAAAAAAAAAAUACUAAAA